AUGUACGUGACAUUACCUGAUACUUCAAAAGAGUGGCAGCUGUCCUUAAUAGAUGCUCCAGAACGCAAUCAAGAGAGUGAGUACUUCCAAGAUUCUUUUGGGAUUGAAAGACGCAGCCCUGAUUUUUUUUUCUUUUAUUCUCUUUUAUUGAUUUAUAUAACUAAUAACUUGCCAAAUUUACAGCGGGCUGUUUACUGCAUCCUGAGUCGCUGUGAUCCACAUGAAGACCACUCUGACAUAGCAACCACCACUGAUGAUUAUAUCUGGCUCAAGCUUUGCGUGGUUGAUUGUGAUUCCUCCCCUUCAGCCUCUACCUCUAGUACCAGCAGCGUGCAGCAGGACAUCCUCACUCUCACCUCACUCCAGAAUCUCCUUUAUGAGCAAUAUGGAGAAUCACAUUUCAGUGCAUUACAGCAACCACUACUCUAUACAACAAUCCUACUCCAGACAGGCCAGUUUGAGGCAGCUGUGGAAUUUCUCAGCAGAAAAGAAGCUCUGCGUUGCCAUGCUGUUCAUGUGGCCCUAGCUUUGCACGAGAUGAACCUGCUUGCCCUGCCAGAACAGGUCCAUGCCCCCAUGUUGUCUCGUGAGGAUGGUGACCCAGAUGGUGUUAGAAGACUGAAUCUGACAAGGCUUAUUCUUCUCUACACAAGGAAGUUUGAGGCCACUGACCCAUGUGAAGCCUUACAUUACUGUUACUUCCUGAGAGCUCUGAAAGGAAAGAAUGGGGAGAAUGUUUUUGCAGGCUGCAUCAGUCAGCUAGUCUUGCAGUCCCGUGAGUUUGACAUGCUUCUGGGAUGCCUGGAACCAGAUGGUCGUCGCACUCCCGGGGUUAUUGAUAAAUUCAAGGUGGAUGUUAGUGAAGUGACAGAGAUGGUUGCACAAGACUCGGAAAAGAAGGGACUGUACGAAGAUGCCAUCAAGCUUUAUGAUCUGGCCAAGAACCAUGACAAAGUUGUUGCACUUCUGAAUCAGUUACUGAGCCAGGUUGUGUACCAACCAGAAGGAGGGGCUGGCAGCCAGCGUGUGCGUAUACUGGAGCUAGCAACAGCUGUGGCCAUCCGGUUCAAGACGCAUGGUCACAACACCCUUCCAAACAAUGCAGCAACACUCCACUUGCUUUUGGACUUGGCCACUUUCUUUGAUUUUUAUCACAAAGAAAGGUUCACAGAUGCUUUGGAGGUACUGAAGAAGUUGCGCAUUAUUGCCCUGAGUCGGGAUGAAGUGGAGUCAAGGGUUGCUGGAGUGGCCUCACAUGGAAGUGAGGUUCGUAGUGUUCUCCCACAUGUACUUCUGGCUGCCAUGACUACAACCCACAAACUGUAUCAGAUGCCAUCACAGCAACAAUCCCCGCAGAUGUCUUUCAACGUGUCUGCAACAGCAGCUUCGCCAGCAACAAAGCACCUGCAGGAACAGGCUCGUGCCAUUGUCACCUUUGCAGGAAUGAUUCCCAUGAGGUUACACUCUGAGAUAAAUGCUCGCUUGGUGCAGCUGGAAGCCCUUAUCAACUGAUUAGGCUGUGUUCCUGUGUUAUACUUCUUUUAGGGAUCAAAAUAUAGUGUCAGGGAAACUGAAACAAGGAAAUGUGAGCAAAUUAUUGUUAUUACUAUUCCUGUUCCUGUUCCGAUGAUGAUGAUGAUCCACAAGAGCUUAUAAUCUUUAAGGAGUCAGUUACUAGUCCUACUGUCUCAGUUAAUUACUGUUUUCCUUCAUUUUUGGAAAAAAAAAAAAAAAAAACUUGUAUUUUUAUGAUAUAUUAAUCAUAAAGUCAAUAAAAAUAAUAAUAUUAAUAUUAAUAGCAUUAAAAAAACAUCCAAGGAAUUAACCAAGUUGGCUCUGAUGGCAAGAAUACAUGCCAUGCCCAUUGUAAUAGUCAUCUGUUGUCUUUACACAUAAAUGGCUCGACAAGUGUUAAGUCACCAAAGAGUCAGUUAUUAGUCCUAGCCAUCUCACCUGUUAACCCUUUUCCGGAUUUUUGGAAAACUUCAUUUGUAUAAUUUUAUUGUCUUAAAUGUUUUAAUAAUUUGUUAACAAUUUGAUAAUCAAAAUAUCAGUAGGAAUAAUAACAGUAUCAAUAUUAAUCGUAUUAGGAAGAAAAACACAUUCUUCUCCUGAUUCAAGGAAUGGGAAAAUCAGGUGCAGUCACUAGGGCCUACUGAUAGCUUAACUGGUGACUGAGCACUUGUGGAGUCAAAAAAAUGCAGUGCACAAUACCAGUGGCCAUAGGGUUAUUAAGGUAAAUUUUGUAUUUAUACAUGCUACCUAUACAUUUUUGUUUUUUUGUCUUCAUUUUAUACAGAUAUACCUGUAAUAAUUUUGUGUCGUAGUUUUACAGUGAAUUGUCUGUAAAAAAAAGAUAAGGAAGAGUAAUACUGUAUAAAAAGUUUGUGAAUAUGAUGCCAGUUUUAUGAUGAAUUUACUCCAGUGUAUGUGAUUGGAAAUAAAGACUUGAAUGAUGA